AUGGUUGAACAAGGAACUACUAAUAACGAGGAAUUGCAAUAUUUGGAACUGUGCCAAAGAAUCAUUGACGAAGGUGAAUUUAGACCUGACAGAACAGGUACAGGGACUUAUAGUUUAUUCGCCCCACCUCAGUUGAGAUUCGAUCUAAAAGAUAGCACUUUUCCAUUAUUAACUACGAAAAAAGUGUUUACCAAAGGUAUCAUUUUAGAAUUACUAUGGUUCAUUGCUGGAUGUACUGAUGGUAAAAAACUGAGUGAGCAAGGUGUUAAGAUCUGGGAAGGUAAUGGCUCAAGAGAAUAUUUAGAUGGUAUAGGACUAACUGAUAGAAGAGAAGGUGACCUGGGCCCAGUUUACGGUUUCCAAUGGAGACACUUUGGGGCCAAGUAUAAGACCUGUGAUGAUGAUUACACCAACCAAGGUGUCGAUCAAUUACAAGAAGUUAUUCGUAAAAUCAAAGAAACACCAUACGAUAGAAGGAUUAUUCUAAGUGCUUGGAAUCCACCUGAUUUUCCAUUGAUGGCCCUACCACCAUGUCAUAUGUUCUGCCAAUUUUACGUCAAUUUUCCUAAGGAUGGUGGUAAACCACGCUUAUCAUGUUGCUUGUAUCAAAGAUCUUGUGAUAUGGGUCUUGGAGUACCGUUCAACAUCGCUUCUUAUGCAUUAUUAACCAUCAUGAUAGCACACGUUUGUGAUAUGGAACCAGGUGAAUUUAUUCAUACUUUAGGUGACGCACAUGUUUAUAAGGAUCAUGUCGAUGCUUUAAAGGAACAAAUAUCUCGAGUCCCAAGAGAUUUCCCAAAAUUGAACAUUAAAAGAAAAGUAACAGACAUAGACGAUUUUAAAUUUGAAGACUUCGAGAUUACUGAUUAUAAUCCCCAUGCCAGAAUUGCUAUGAAAAUGAGUAUUUAG